CUCACCUACUACAAUUAAAAAUAUAUAUAAAAAGAGAAAAAAUAGUACAGUAACGAAAAACUUUAUCCCCUAAUUCUUCUGUAAAGCAGUCUGUAGAGUGUAGAUAAAUUUACACAGAGCUGAAAAUUGGUAGAAAAUCAGGCGCCAAGGUCAACUGUCCACCGUGAUGGGAAGAUGCAAAAGGGUGAAGGAGUUGAUCCCUCUUGUCUCCUGUGCAUUUCUUCUCUGUUGGGGCUUCAAUGAUGCCUUUGCUGCAGAACCCGAGAUGGGUACCGCCCGUGUUGUCUUUCAGACCAAUUAUGGGGAUAUUGAAUUUGGCUUCUACCCUAGUGUUGCUCCAAAAACAGUGGACCAUAUAUUCAAGCUUGUUCGCUUGGGAUGCUAUAAUACCAAUCACUUUUUCCGGGUUGACAAGGGAUUUGUGGCCCAAGUGGCGGAUGUUGUAGGAGGAAGAAGUGCUCCAUUGAAUGAAGAGCAAAGGGUGCUUGCUCAAAAAACUAUUGUUGGUGAAUUCAGUGAUGUCAAACAUGUAAGAGGAAUUCUUUCUAUGGGAAGGUAUUCUGAUCCAGACAGCGCUCAAUCCUCAUUUUCUGUACUCCUUGGAGAUGCACCUCACCUUGAUGGCCAAUAUGCAAUAUUCGGGAAACUUACUAAAGGUGACGAAACAUUAAGAAAGCUUGAGCAACUCCCUACUAAGAAGGAAGGGAUUUUUGUAAUGCCCACUGAACGCAUCACCAUCUUGUCAUCAUAUUAUUAUGACACCGAGAUGGAAAUAUGUGAACCAGAUAGGUCAUUGUUGAAACGGAGGCUUGCUGCAUCUGCUAUCGAAAUUGAGAGACAGAGAAUGAAAUGCUUUCCUUAACCGAGAAAAAAUGAAGUCAGUCCAGUGACGCUCAUCUGAGGAAAGCUGAAAGCCCUGAUGCGGUGGAUAAUCAGAAAGCUAUCCGCGAGAAGGUAUUCGAAUCUGAUGAUCAAGAUGUAGGGGGAGAGAGAAUGAAGCAUAACCUAGAAGACCUCGGAGCUGACUGGCUUCGGAACAAUUACUGAAUUUUUUCUUCUGUAAUUAGAACUUUUAACUGGUUAAUAUGCUUUUUCACUCGAGGGAUGCUAUUUGGCCUGUUGAGAGACGAUUGUCGUCACAGGAAGGUUUCAAUAUUCGUGACCUACUAACCUUGAUGCAUGAUUAAUUUCACAGAAAUUUUCCGCA